ACAUCGUCGCGUUCGGACAUGUUCGCCUAAGCUCAAGCUUGCUCUGGAGUCGCCACUCUCUCUCUAGCACUCUCUCUCCCUGUCUCUCUCUGGCGCUGUGGCGCUCUCUUUCAAGCAAGCUUUCGUGCUCGCUUGCAACGCGUUCGUUCGCGUUCGUUCGUGUUCGCUCGCGUUCGCCCGUGUGGGUUGUCCGUUAUUCAAGUGUGUGCCUGUGUGGCGUGUGUGAGCUUGUCUGUGUGCUUUGUCGCACGCUGUUUUGUUGUUGCCCGCUGGACAAAAGCUGCCGCGCUGCAGCAGCGACGCCGCCGAGAGCAGCGGCAGCGAAGACGCGCUCGCCGCUAAAACGUCGCAAGUAGUCGCGUACUUCCGCCGUUACCGUUAGCACCACACACAAAACGGAGCUGCUAACCGCUAGACUACAAACGCCGCCAAAAACCCCAAAAAAAAAAACACCGCUUUUUACCGUUAGCCGUCGCGGCCAAUCCAACCAACUCCCCGAAAACAAAAACAAACAAAUAAAAAUACAUGAAAUAUAAACCAAAUUACAUACUCAACUAAAUCAAAAAUACAUACAUAAACACACUUUGUGCAAUUUUUUUCAAGUGUCUCCGGCGUGUGUUAUCAAAAAAAAAUAAAAGAAAUAAAUACAAAAUCCAAUUGGUUUUACAUAUACAGCCCACAAAAAAGCCAAUUGGUUUUCCAUUUUUUUCCUAUACAAAUACAAAGCCGGGUGCGUUUGUGACAACAACAACAACAACAAAACUGCCAAACAAACAAAAAAUCCUUUAAGAAAUCAAAUAAAGAGCGCCCCCGUGGAAAAGGUUCCUAUACUACAGUUAAAAUCACAGAUCACAAAAGUCAUACGGAAAGAGGAAGAAAAACCCAAGUGACAAGUGUUUUACUAAUAUCUAAUACUUUUUUUUUUGAAAAUGGCAGCCCUGGAAAAGCCCCCAAAAACCAAACUGAAGCUGUCUGAUUAGAAAAUUUAAAAAUUUAAAAGCUAGAGGAUUCCAAUUAGUGAAUGUGUGAUUAUUUUUAAACCAAAUAAGCAAAAAAAAUCGAGGCACGUGCAAUAUAAAUAAUUGAAGAGGAAGAGGAGUAGUAAAACAGUAACUUGAAGAACCUUAUAAACGAGAUCGGCAGGACAUUGCCCUUCGCUGGGUUUGUGUGCCUGUGUCUGGGAAGUUUGAAAAACACCUUCGGAAACUGGAAACAAAAAUGAGAAUUAAAAUGCCCGCGGUUCGAAUUGCACAAGAUUCCGACUCCACAGAGAACGAUGCCGUGGCCACACAGGACAUCCUCACGUGCGGCGCCUGCCAGAAGGCGUUCGCCCUCUCGGACAUUCUCAAGUUCAUCCAGCACAAGGUGCUGCAGUGCAACAAGGAGAACUACGGCCAGUGCGCCACCCAGAAUCCGCAGAUGGAUCGCGACGCGGAGGAGGGUCGUCCGCUCAGCCUCGUCAACCGCCGCCCCUCGAUCUCCGCCCCCAUUUCCGGUCGCAAGUCCGCUCCCGCGUCGGCGGCAGCAGCGGUCGCAGCGGCAGCGGCAGCGGCUGCAGCAGCGGCGGCAGCAGCGGCGGCGGCGGCCAGCAGCACGGCCAGCGGCUCCAGGAUACACACACCACCACCGAGUCCGGCGGACCUGCUGGCCGACGGAGCCAGCAGCACGCCCAAGCGGCUAGUAGAUGAAAACGACAAUACCACGCCCAAGGACAGCGAGACGGGCGCCACCACCCUCGACUCGAAUGCCGCCCCCUCCAGUCCGGCGGCCAUCGAGCGCCAGUCCUCCGGCGACAGCAGCUGCGAGAUGGAGGAGCAGGAUCGGCAGGAUCAGCAGGCCAAGGUCAAGCAGGAGCCCUACGAGGAGGAGGGUCUCAACCAUCACCAUCAUCAGCACGAUGACCACGACGAGGAGGAGGAGGAGGAGGAGCGGUCGCUGGCCAAGCGGCCCAAAAUGGAGCUGGUCGAUGCCGAGGCCAAUACAGUCCACACAGAACCCAGCAACUACACGUGCUCAACGUGCAAAACCCGCUACACCUCCGCCUGGCGCCUCAUCCAGCAUGUCCAGCACUCGCACGGCGUGAAGAUCUAUGUGGAGAGUCCCGGAGGAGGUGGCGGAGGAGCUACCCUGACGGUGGCCACGCCCGCCGCCCUCAACAGCAGUGCUCUGGCUUUGGCCGCCGCCGCCGCAGCAGCCGCUUCCGCUUCCGGUUUGGCGAGUCCACAGCCAGCAGUUAGCCCCAAUCCCAAUUCGAAUCCGCAUACCAAUACCGCAGCCCAAUCGGCGGGCAAGAGGAGCAGUCCGGUGGCAGCCGGAUCGGCCAUUCUGUCCAACAACUCGGUUAGCUCCACUUGCUCCAAUUCGCUGGUGAACACCAGCGGUGGCAGCAUCAGCAACACCAGCAGCAUUGGCUCACCGCAGCAGCAGCAGCAGCAACAGUUGCAGCUGCAACAGCAGCAGCAGGCACAGCAGCAACAGCAGCGUGUGCAGCAGCAACAGCGAGAGAAUCUGGCCUCCGCCAUGGCCGCCGGCAUGCGUCAUCAUCCGCUGCUGCCGCCGCCGGAGGCGAUGCACGCCAAUCCCUUCCAGCUGCUGCGGAUGCCACUGCCGCCGGCGUUGGCCCAGGCCGGAAAUGUAGUUCCUACGGUGGCGCCGCUCUUCGGACGCCCCUCGCCCGCCGAUCACUACCGCAUGGAGCAGCUGGUCAGCGAGCAGUUCCGUCACCACGGCUUCAAUCUGGCCGCCGCCGCUGCUGCCGCCCAGGCGCAGUUCAAUGCCAAUGGGCAGGUGGUGCCCGGUUCGGUGGAGCCUCGUCCCCCAUCCUCCAGCAGCUCAGGCAGCCAGAGGGGAUCGGUGCCACCGGCAGCAUUGCCGCCACCAUCGCUCAGCUCCCAGCAGCAGCAGCAACAGCAGCAAUCUGUGCAGCAGCAGCAACAAACUGCACAGCAGCAACAGCAGCAGAGUGUGCAGCAGGCGCAACAGCAGCAGCAGAUCACACCUGGUCUGGUGGGCGGAGCGGGUGGCUCCCUGAAGUUGGAACCCCAGCAGAUGGAUUUUUACUCGCAGCGAUUGCGUCAGCUUGCGGGCACAACAAGCCCUGGAGCUGGCAGCACUGUUAACUCGAGCUCGCCGAGUCCUCGACAGAAGCAAUCGCCGCAUUUCGCGAGCCCCUCGCCCUCGCAGCAGCAACAGCAGCAGCAGCAACAACAGUUGCAACAGCAGCAGCAACAGCAACUGGCAGCCAUCCCGCGACCCCAUUCCCUAACUCCGCCCGAGAAACUGGGUGAUGGCAGCUCGGAAAACGGCAGCGUGGGCCUAAUCCUGGCCAGCACUCCGCGUUCGGCCAGCACACCACCCUCAAAGACCGCCGAUGUGCUGCUCCAGGAGCCGGCCAAUUGCUACGCAUGCAGCUACUGCGAUAAGAAGUUCCGCUUCGAGAACAACCUGAUCAUCCACCAGAGGACCCAUACCGGCGAGAAGCCCUACAAGUGCACUGCCUGCGACUUCGAGUGCUCGCACAUACAGAAGCUGAUGAAGCACAUGCGGGUGCAUCGCAGUCCGGCGGAUGAGCAGGACAAUCAGGAUAACCAGGACGAUGGCAGCAAUGCCGAUUCGCUGGAGACCAAUGAGGCGGACAACGAUGAGGAUCCCAAUCCCGAUGAGUCCGAGGAGGAGUUGGGCGAUGGUGACAAUGAUCCCGAUGGCGAUGGCGAUCUGGAUGGCGAGGAUGAGGACGAGGAUGAGCUGGAGGAGUGCGAGGACAUGGACUACAAGGCGGAGGAUCUGAGUGUGAGCAAUCGCAUCGAUGGCAAGAGCCAGAGUCCCAAGACGACGAGCUCGGGAGCCACCUCACUGGUGGGCGAACUGAUGGACAAGUUCGGUCUGUCGAACAUUGCCCAGUACAGUGAGGCCUACAAGCAGGCGCUGCAGGAGUCUGGACGCAAAGAGGCAGCCGCUGCCGCCGCCGCAGCCGCUGCAGCUGCUGACAACAACAAUCGCGGAGCCGGUGCCCCAUUGAGUGACAAGCUGAACGGUCUGCCGGUGGCUGCACUGCGUCUGCGAGAUGAGUUCGCCAAGAACUGCAACAUGUUCCAGCAGCCGCAGGAUGGCGGAGCACCCUCGCAGGUCCCCCUGUUCAAUCCCUUUCCCAAUCCCUUCGAGCUGAGCAAGCGUAUGAAGAUGGACGGUGGCGAUUGGUGGGGCAUGUCGCAGGCCCUGCACCGAAAUGAGGCGCUCUUCGAGAACCUCAAGCUGAAGCCACUGGGCCUGGGCGGUGCCAACUCGCUGAUCCAGGGACCGCUGCUCAAGAAGGAGAGCCGCCAGCGCAACGACACCUGCGAGUUCUGCGGCAAGGUGUUCAAGAACUGCUCCAACCUGACCGUUCAUCGGCGCAGUCACACCGGCGAGAAGCCGUACAAGUGCGAGCUGUGCUCCUAUGCCUGCGCCCAGAGCUCCAAGCUGACGCGGCACAUGAAGACGCACGGGCGGACCGGGAAGGAUGUGUACCGCUGCCGCUUUUGUGACAUGCCCUUCAGCGUGCCCUCGACGCUGGAGAAGCAUAUGCGCAAGUGUGUGGUCAAUCAGGGCAAGGCGGCGGCGGCUGCCAAUGCGGUGGCCGCUGCUCAGGCGGCCCAGGCUGCCGCCCAGCACAUUCAGGCCGCCGCCCAGCAGGCGCAGGCGGUACAGGCUCAGGCGGUCCAGGCCCAGGCGGCCCAGCAGUCGGCGGCAGCAGCACAGCAACAGCAGCAGCAGCAACUGUCGCCCAUGGGCGUUGUUGGCUAUCCGCCGCAGUUCGUCGGCGGUCACAACCUCUCACUGCCGGGCAGCGUGAGCGGGGACAAUGACUCCAAUGCCUCCUCCAGCAUGACCGGCGUCCAUCCCAUUUCGCUCAAGGAGGAGGCAUGACUUUUCAGUGGUUUUCCCGUGCCGCUGGCGCCACCACCGCCACUGCAGCAGCAGCAGCAUCAUCAUCCGCAGCAGUCGCCGCAGCAGCAGACCAGUCGCAGUCGCAUCAUGUCGCGCAUCUUCUAAAGGUGUUGAAAAGAUCUUAAAACAAGAACCCCCCCCGAACCAAGCCCCCUGUAAAUAUGACUUUUUUGAAAAAAGCCCCCAUCCAGCUCCUUCCAGGCGACGAAAAAAAAACACGAC